AUGACUCUUGUGGGUUCAAUGCAGAGUAUCCCCUCACUGCACCAGCUAGUAUAUAUAGGCUGAGGGGGAACACCUGAGUGAAGCAUAUUUGAACUGAUCCAAACACCAUGAAAAACUAAGACUUAAGGAGUUGUAAUAAGAGAUCAUCAUCAUCACUCAUGGGGAAAGGAAGAGCACCAUGCUGUGACAAGACUCAAGUGAAGAGAGGUCCUUGGAGCCCUGAAGAGGAUCUUAAGCUCAUAGCGUUCAUCCAGAAACAUGGCCAUGAGAAUUGGCGUUCUCUUCCCAAACAAGCUGGGCUUCAGAGAUGUGGGAAAAGUUGUCGUUUGAGAUGGAUCAAUUAUCUGAGGCCAGAUGUGAAGAGAGGAAAUUUUACACCAGAGGAACAAGAAACCAUAAUAAGGCUACAUAAAUCCUUGGGAAACAAGUGGUCAAAGAUUGCAUCUCUUUUGCCUGGUAGGACUGACAAUGAGAUCAAGAACGUGUGGAACACCCACUUAAAGAAAAAAUUGGAUCCCAAAAAUUCAGAGUCAAGUGGAGAUGAGUCCAAGCUGCAAUCAUCAGUAACAUCCUCUGCAUCUUCUUCAUCAGAAUCAUUUUUCUCAAAUGAGGGAUCAAAUCUUGCAAAUACUCCUCCUGUUAAUGAGUUUAUGGAACAAGCUUCUGAAGUGACAAUGACAGACAAAAUUGAGCCAGAUUCAGAAAAGCAAGUAUCCAAUGAAGUUAAUGGCAUCAAUGAGAAUCUCAAGGAGUCAUCAAAUUCAUUAUCUUCUUUAGAGUCAAGUAUCUUGAACUCAAGCCAGGACAUUAUUUCCUACAAGCCAGAACAACAACUAGCUUCUCCAUUAAUCUAUCCAGGACCUUAUGAUGUUGACAAUACAUUACAAGAGGUGGAUAAACCAAACCAUGAUCUGGUUGAAAUUCCAUGGGAAUCAGAUUAUGAUAUUUGGAGUUUGUUAGAUAGCAUUGAAUCUUUCCCACCAAAUGAAGUACCAUUGGGGGCCAGUCAGAAUCAUGAUCUUGGAGUAGAGAGUGUUCAAGUUACUGAAGCCAUGAAGUGGUCCCAUGAAUUUGAAGGCAAGGCUGGAGUAGUUGGUGAAACAAAUGAGUCAAACAAGGAUCAGUUCCUACCAAAGAAUUAUGCAGUUGAGCCACAAAUAGACCCUCCUCAGACAUUUCACUUCAAUGACAUGACAAGCCCAGCAGAAUCUGAAUUAGACUUUGAUUUUAUUCAAUUAUGGCCCUCUUCCCCUUAAAAUACUAGUUUUUAAGUUUAAUACAUACAAAAAGUACUUCCAUCUAAGAAUCAUGAAUCUGAUUAUACUGACAAUGGUAAAUUAAGCCAUAUAGAUUAGGUGUCUCUAAUUGUAUGAUGGGUUGGUUUAAUUCAUGUAUGAUUCUCAAAAUCAAGUGAGAAUAGCUUGAAGCACAUAUAUGCAAGUAAUUAAUGUUUAUU